AUGAUUUCCACUCAGGUGCUAGCUCUCCUCAAGCCGGUGAUCCGCACCCGCGGCUAUCCCACGUCCCUGUGCGCGCUCAAGCUCGCCGCAGAGGUGGCCAAGGCUCGCAGCCACGAGCUCGGCGACGAGACCGUGGCCUCGCUCAUGGAGGGGGUCGGACAGCUGGCCGACCACCAAAACUCUGCUGUGCGCAAAGCAGCUGUGUUCUGCAUGGUGGCGUUUACCUUCGCGCUGGGCGAGGAGCGCAUGCAGCCGCAUCUCAAGCACCUGUCCGUCAGCAAGUACCGGCUACUGCAGGUGUACAUAAGCAAGCAGCGCGAGGAGGCGGGCCGUCCCGGCGGCGGCGGCGUAAGUUCCGGCGGCACGUAGCGGCGGCGGCGCGCGCGCACCACCACGCGCGCCACGCAGACUGACGCGCGCUAGGCAGCCGCCAUCUUGGACGCCAUCUUGGUUGGUGACGUAAU